UGCUUUCCCCUAGCGGUUGAAUGAGCUGUCAGCAUAGCUGCAAUCUGGGUGACUGACACUAUCCGCGUCCAUCUUUCGAUUCCCGGGUAUGGAGCGCUCCGCCGUCCGCAUCCUCGGUUUUCUCCUCGCUUUAGCGACCACCAUCCUAGCCCAGGACCUCAUUAACGAUGAUGUCCGGCGUACCAUUGACCUGAGCAGUCACCUGGCCAAAGUGACGGCCGAGGUUACCCUUCAUAACCCUGGAACAGUGGCCGCUAAGUCCUUCUUGCUGGCCCUGGAGCCGGAGUUGGACAGCCACCUGGCUUAUAUAGGGGUGAAGGGAGAUGAAGAGGAGGAAGGUCUCUUGGAAAUGCAGGAAACAAGAGUUAAAGGGAAAAGUGGAAAAUACUUUUCAGUGAUACUUUCAUCCCCCCUUGCCCCUGGAGCCAAGACAAAAGUCUCCAUCGAAACAAUCUUCACACAUGUGCUUCAGCCCUACCCAACUCAGAUCACGCAGGCGGAGAAGCAGUUUGUAGUCUUCGAAGGGAACCAUUAUUAUUACUCGCCCUACAAGACCAAGUCUCAGACAACUCGUGUUAAGCUCGCUUCCAGAAACGUGGAGACUUACACCAAGCUUGGCAACCCCUCCCGGUCUGAAGACCUUAUUGAGUAUGGUCCGUUUAAAGAUAUUGCACCUUAUAGUCAGGAUCCCUUAAAAGUUCACUAUGAAAACAAUAGCCCUUUCCUCACAAUAUCCAGCAUGACCCGUCUUAUUGAGGUGUCUCAUUGGGGGAAUAUUGCUGUAGAGGAGACAGUUGACCUGAAGCAUACUGGCGCUGAUUUGAAAGGACCCUUCUCACGAUACGAUUACCAGAGGCAGCCGGACAGUGGGAUAUCAUCUGUCAAGUCAUUUAAGACCAUCCUCCCUGCUGCUGCCCAAGAUGUGUAUUACAGGGAUGAGAUUGGUAAUAUCUCUACCAGCCACCUGCUUAUUCUGGAUGAUUCUGUAGAAAUGGAAAUCCGCCCCAGGUUUCCCCUCUUUGGGGGCUGGAAAACUCAUUACAUGAUUGGCUACAACCUGCCAAGCUACGAGUACCUCUACAAUCUAGGGGACCAGUACGCCUUGAAGAUGAGGUUUAUUGAUCAUGUUUUUGAUGAGCAAGUUGUGGAUUCACUAACUGUGAAGAUAAUACUACCAGAAGGUGCCAAAAAUAUCCAUGUAGACAAUCCUUAUGAUAUUAACCGGGCCCCUGACGAACUUCAUUACACAUACUUGGAUACCUUUGGCCGCCCAGUUAUUGUCGCACAUAAAAACAAUCUGGUGGAGCAGCACAUACAGGACGUUGUGGUACAUUAUACAUUCAAUAAGAUCUUGAUGCUCCAGGAACCUUUGUUGGUGGUCGGUCUUUUCUACAUCUUGUUCUUUACAGUCAUCCUCUACGUGCGGCUAGACUUCUCCAUAACCAAGGACCCAGCUGCAGAGGCUCGCAUGAAGGCUGCCUGCAUUACAGAGCAGAUCUUGACCCUGGUAAACAAGCGCCUCGGACUGUACCGCCAUUUUGAUGAGGCCGUGAACAAAUACAAGCAGUCUCGUGAUGCCUCCACACUUCAUAGCGGAAAGAAAACUCUGGAGACCGAACACAAAAACCUGACAAAUGAAAUUGCCUCCCUACAGUCUAAGCUUAAAGCUGAAGGCUCUGACUUAUGUGAUAAAGUGGGAGAGAUCCAGAAGCUGGAUGCACUUUUAAAGGAGAUUGUACUGAAAUCUUCUGCCGAAGCUGAGCGCCUCGUUGCUGGCAAGCUGAAGAAAGACACUUAUAUUGAGAAUGAGAAGCAGCACGCAAACAGGCGGCAAGAGCUGGUCAACAAAAUUGACAACAUCCUUGAUGCUUUGUAACUAAAAAAAUUACAAAAUGAUUAAAAAAAAGCUUGUGAGAUUACGGCACAACUGUGUUACACACGGAGCCAAAUCAAUGCUCUAAUUCUGUCUUGUCUUUUGUUUUGUUUGUUUUUUAUAAAAGCCUGUUUUGGACUUGCUAUAUACUGCAGGUGCCAUUGAUCAGAGACCUUCAUUUGACGGUGACCUUUAUCUGUCUGCACUGCCGUCCUGUCUGUGACAUGGGAAAUUUCUAAACCAGAAGGAUUUUUUUUUUUAGUAGGCCAUUUAUUUACAGACAUUGUGUAGCUCGUGAUAAAACAGUGUGCCCUGGAGAAUUAUUUUUUAUAUGUAAUUUUUCAUUUGGCAGGGAAGAGGGCAAAAAAGGGGGUGGCAAAAUCAGAGUACCUGGAAUUAUGAACCGAACACAAAUCUGAUUGUUCCCUAGUCCGAGGGGUUGUAAUAAAUACUCGGUUAAAUCAAUUUCCAUUUUUAUGUGAAACAAAGUGAAUCCUUCUACUUCAAAAAGAGGUUUUUGUAUAUGGAGGGAGACCAUAGGUUUUAUAAGUUUCAAAUUCUUUAUGGCACUUUUUACAAUUGUGUGUUUGCCUCUCCUGAGACUCAUUGUUUGAGAUCUGUACUAUGCUGGUCAGCUGUAAUUUUGUUUUCACUUAUGUGACCAAAGGUUAAUAAACAUGGGAUUCUGGGAA